UGUGUGUGUGUGGGGGGGGGGCCCCCUUCCAACCCCUACCCAGUGUCUCUCCUGCCCACUGGAGCACACACCUAAUGGUGAGCUGGCAGGGAGGGUGCUGUGAAGGGUAACAGGCGGUGUGUUUGUGUGUUAGGUGUCUGCAGUUCUAAUAAAGGAAGCACUGCGUCCUUCACUGCCUCAUCAGAUGGCUGAGCUCUGCUUUGUCCGCCUGUGUAAUUUCUAUCUGUCUGUCAGUGCUGUAGCGGAGCUGGAUGGCUCUCGGCGUCUGGAUCUUCUAGAGAAGACCGUGUUAGAUGGACAUCACCUGUGCUUUCUGUGAUUGCCAUGCCUGAGAAUGACACUGGGAUUGCAGCAGUGUAUUGACUUUGUUGGGUGUAACUGCACAUAAGUGUUUGAUUGUCCGUGUGGUGUUGUCGCCGACACUGGAAAUGCUGGGUUGUCCAGCAAGGUUAUUUUUGGAUUAGUGACAGCGUGUCAAUGGCUGCAGAUGCAUCGCAAAGGAAGGCUCUGAGCUACCAACAGACCCUGCUGUACGGGGAGUACAGGGAGCAGCUGGGAAACUUUGCCAGACGGGAGGCUGCUCGUUUGCUGACAGAGAGACAAUGGAGGAGACAAACGGGGGAAAACAGCACGGCUGCUUGCCGCAAAGAGCACGGCCGACGACAUCAUCACCCUGUGAUCAUAGAGUCACAUCUCAGCCACUCCUCUUCCACCACGAAGCCCCGCCCCUACUCCAAAUGCCAAGACUGUCUGGCUCGUGUGCGGCGCUACAUUGUGAACAAGAUGGGCGAGGACUGGAUUUUUCUGGUUCUUCUUGGGCUGACUAUGGCUCUGGUCAGCUGGAGUAUGGACUACGCCAGCGCCAAGAGCCUUCAAGUGUAUAAGUGGCUGCAUGGAGAACUAAAAGGCAAUGUGGGGCUCCAGUACCUGGCCUGGGUUACCUAUCCCAUGAUCCUUGUCAUGUUUGCCUCGCUGUUCUGUCACCUGGUUUCCCCACAGGCCACAGGAUCUGGUAUUCCUGAGCUGAAAACCAUUCUGAGAGGUGUCGUGUUGAAGGAAUAUCUGACCCUCAAAGCUUUUAUAGCUAAAGUUAUCGGCCUGACCGCCGGCCUGGGCAGCGGAAUGCCGGUGGGCAAGGAGGGCCCGUUCGUCCACAUCGCCAGUAUCUGUGCCGCCGUGCUGAGCAGGUUCAUGUCCAUCUUCUCUGGAGUCUACGAGAACCCUUACGGGUACACAGAUAUUCUGACUGUCGGCUGUGCCGUAGGGGUGGGAUGCUGUUUCGGCACUCCUCUAGGAGGGGUGUUGUUCAGUAUUGAGGUCACGUCUACCUACUUCGCAGUGAGGAAUUACUGGCGGGGGUAUUUUGCAGCCACAUUCAGCGCCUUCAUAUUCAGGGUGCUCUCCGUUUGGAACAAGGAUGCUGUCACAAUCACAGCACUCUUCAAGACUAACUUCCGGAUGGAUUUCCCCUUCGACCUGCAGGAGCUGCCGGCAUUUGCAAUAAUAGGGAUCUCAUGUGGCUUCCUCGGGGCAUUCUUCGUCUACCUGAAUAGACAGGUGGUUCUCUUCAUGAGGAGGCCGACUGCACUCACGCGCUUCCUGACCAAGCAUCGGCUGAUCUAUCCAGGUGCAGUGACUUUGAUCAUCGCCACCUUGACCUUUCCUCCUGGAUUUGGCCAGUUUAUGGCUGGAGAGCUGAUGCCCAGAGAGUGCAUCAACUCCCUCUUUGAUAAUUUCACCUGGACCAAAAUCUCAGGAUUGCCUCCUCCACCCGGUCUGGGCCUCUCUGCUGCAUGGCUUCAUCCCAACGUCAGCAUCUUCGUUAUCCUCCUGCUCUUCUUCUUCAUGAAGUUCUGGAUGUCAGCAGUUUCCACCACCAUGCCGAUCCCCUCAGGCGCCUUUAUGCCGGUGUUCAUAUUAGGAGCUGCAUUUGGUCGGCUGAUCGGAGAGAUCAUGGCCACUCUUUUCCCAAACGGAAUUCUGUUUGAUGGGAUAGUCUACCGCAUUCUGCCGGGAGGUUACGCUGUCAUUGGUGCAGCAGCGAUGACAGGAGCCGUCACACAUACGGUUUCCACAGCAGUCAUUUGCUUUGAGUUAACUGGUCAAAUCUCCCACAUCCUGCCCAUGAUGGUGGCCGUGAUCCUCGCGAACAUGGUGGCUCAGGGUCUGCAGCCUUCGCUCUAUGACUCCAUCAUUCAGGUGAAGAAGCUGCCCUACCUGCCUGAACUGGCCCUUGGGCACAUCAGCAAGUAUAACAUCUUUGUAGAGGACAUCAUGGUGCGCAACGUGAAGUUCCUUUCUUCUCAAGCGACCUUCCGAGAACUGAACCGACUACUCGAGUGUACAACCCUGAAAACAAUCCCGCUUGUCGACUCAAAAGAAUCCAUGAUUCUGUUAGGGUCCAUUGAGAGGACAGAGCUUCAAGCUAUGCUCGACUGGUGGCUCUCACCGGAGAGGCGAGUCUUUGAAAGAGGGCAGAAUUCACUGGAUCAGGGCUUCAAAAUCAGCUGGGAAUCCUUCACAUUUAUGGAUGAGGAAGGUGGAGAAGAAAGUGCAGACAAGACAACACCAGUACAGGAGGAAUGUAAUGGGCCUAUUUCAGCCCCCAAAUCACAGGAACCCUCCACCAAUCACACAGACUCAGAAAAACGCAAGCUGCCAUCUGUCAGGCGCACCUUUCAAAGGCUUUUCUCCUCCUCUUCAACAGGCCACCCAGAAACUCAGGAGACCACACCCCCUCCACUGACUGACACCAUGUCCCCAGAGGAGAUCAAAGCCUGGGAGGAGACUGAGCUGGAUAAACCAAUCGAUAUUGAGCAAAUACGCAUUGAUCCCUCCCCGUUUCAGCUUGUGGAAAGAACAUCCUUACACAAGACCCACACCCUGUUCUCUCUGCUGGGUCUCAGUCAUGCCUAUGUCACUAGCAUUGGAAAGCUGGUGGGCGUGGUGGCACUGAAAGAGCUACAGAAGGCCAUAGAGGGCUCAACGCGUAGCGGGGUGAGGCUCCGACCUCCUCUGGCCAGCUUCAGAGACAUCAGCCACAAAACCAAGAAACAUCCACCUCCAUCAUCCAUCCCUUCCUCACCCACAUGGGACAAGGACCUAUGGGUGGAUGGGAGUAGGAGUGAGGGGGAGAUGGCGAGCAAGCAGUCCAAGGAUGAUUCCCAAGGGAAGGGGUCAUCUUCCUGUGUUGCUCCCGGUUGUGACACGGCUCCCUCGUCCCACAGCAACACAGCGAGCACCAACGGCAGCUCCACAUCCACAAGAGGAGCUGAUGGCCCUCUGCAGGAAUCUGCAUCACCUUCCACCUCUUCAAACACCACCUCCCCUGCAUCACUCGUGAGCCCAGUGUUCACACUGUCAUCCCUCCAGGAGGAGAGGGAGAGCGAGGAGUCAGAUGAGCCCGUAUAGGAGAACCAGCUUCAAAGAGAAAGGACUCGAUCCUGGUUUGAUUUCACCUCCUCCCAGAAAUGGCACAUGUAGCUGCUUCCUGGAAGGAGGAGCGCCCCCUUGGGCAGCCUGCAGCCCUCACAGACAGGAUGAGC